CAACCGAAUCAAUUUAUAGAUCUAGAUGUAGAAACAAAAAUGGCUAACCUCACCAACAAUGAAGAGCCCAACAAAAAGUCUUUUUAUCAUAAACAUGCUUCUAAACUUCUAAAAUCAUUGAAUGAAUCGAGAGAUCGACCAAAUUUAUGUGAUGCAGUUGUUAUUAUAGGAUCCAGUCAGAUACCAGUUCAAAAGAAUAUUUUGUCUGCAGCAAGCCACUAUUUUCGGGCUCUAUUUGAUUAUGAUGAUCAUAUUACCAACAAUGCAAAAGAAAAACAGGGAGUAUCGUCAGGCUCUACAGUGUCCUUGGAUCAUAUGGGGAUAGAUGAGAAUACUUUCAAAAGCAUUUUGGAUUUUAUCUAUACGGCAGAGGUCAAGUUGAAUCCUCACAACAUUCAGGACAUGCUUCAGGCAGCUGACCAGUUAUUGAUGUCUGACCUGAAAGACAUUUGCUGUGAAUUCCUUGAUACUUGCAUCAAUGCCCAAAACUCUAUCGGUAUUCUGGACUUCACAUCACAGUUAUCAUGCUCCUGGUUGCAUUUAAAAGUCACCCAGUAUUUAGAUGCACACUUUAAUGAAGUGAGUCAGUACGAUGAGUUCUUGCGACUAGAUGAAGAAAGAGUUGCCAAGCUUUUGUCACGGACAACAAUUGAUGUGAAGAAAGAAGAUGAUGUGCUUGACAUCAUCCUGCGUUGGUACAGAUUUGAACCAGAGAAUAGAGGAAGUCAAGCCAUAGACCUGAUGAGGAAGGUAUUAUAUGCUCAUCAGCUGAGUGAUGGGGCACUGUCUAAGUGUACUGAACUGAAGGAUCAGCUGGGGCAUGAGUUUCUUCAUACUAUCAUGAAACUGAGGGAAGAACAGAGAGGCAACCCAGUGAUUCACAGAGGCUUCACUAGAGUCAUAGUAGCCUGUGGAGGGGAAGGUACAUGUGUAGACAGAGAUGACUGUGAAAUAAAAAACUAUGUUCGAUGUGUUCGACCCAUUAAAACAAAACACCCAGCCACUUGGAUUGAAUUAGCUCCUAUGUUGAACCCAAGAUGUGGCCAUGGAUUAGUGGAAGUUGGCGGCUAUCUUUAUGCGGCUGGUGGUCGUGACAGCAACUGUCGUAUUUUAAACAGCUGCGAGAAGUAUGAUCCUUUUACCAAUACAUGGACAUAUGUGGCACCUAUGAAUCAUGCAAGAGUGGGGUUUGGCUUAGUUGCCAUAGAAAAUAUGAUCUAUGCAAUAGGUGGAAGUAAUGACAUGACUGAUCCUCUGAUGUCAGUUGAGGCUUAUGAUGUCUUCACUGAUAAAUGGAAACCUUUGCCCGACAUGAUUAUGAAGCGAGCCUGGGCUUGCUAUGUAGCAGCAGGAUCAAAGAUUUAUGUUCUCGGUGGUGGGAUCAUAGGCAAAUUUUAUGAAUCGGUAGAGGUCUUUGACACUAGAUCACUUACAUGGAAUGCUGUGUCGCCCAUGAGGGAGAGGAGAUGUGAUGCCAGAGCUGUAGCUGUUGGCAAUGAUAUUUAUGUGUUUGGAGGUUUCCGUCGCAUUGAGUGCCCAAGCGCUGCCCACUCUGGACACAAUCUGAAGCUCUGUGGAACUGAAUUCUAUUCAGAAAAGAAUGACUACUGGAUGCCAAUACAGAACAGAUCUGGGGCAGUCACUAUAUGUGCUGUUGGUGAAAGCACCAAUAUAAGUGGGGUGCUAUACGAUGAGGAGGAUAUUCUUAUAGUUGGAGAGCUGGACAUGGGUGGCGAUGAAGUGCACACUGUCCGGUCAUUUAACCGACAUACUAACACAUGGGACUGUCUUGUGGUAACAAGACCUAAGUUACAAACUAGAUACCAGUGCUGCUUGUUGUCUCUACCCAAGAACCUGUUGUAUAAAUUGCUAUGGGAACAAGGCAAGUUAAACUACUCAGAUAUUUUAAUGUGCUAAGAACUGUAUCACUAGUCUUUGGAAAAUAAUAGUAUAGAUUCAAUCUAAUUGACUUACUGCAUCUGGAAGUGUAGACAAUAUUUGAUAAGGAUGGCAUUUAGAAAAACAAAAGAUUCUAAGGAAUCACUUUUGAACAUUUAUUUUGCAAGAAGUUUUAUUUUUAUUGAACUUCCCUAUCAGUUGAUUAUUAAACUAGGAUAAAAUCUGUAAUGAAUGUAAACCAACAUUUUAAGGAACUGAACCCAAAUAUUUUGUGUUUCUUGAAAGCCUGAAAGUUUAUUUGCAGAGAACCAAUGAAAUUCUUCAAGGAGAGUCUGUCAAGAUGUUGAGAUGGCUAAGGUUGAAUUGAAAUUGUCACAGAUAGUUAAUAUUAUAUUAUUUUUUUUUUUAAAUUAUAAUUUAACAAAUACAAUGUUGUGAAGACAGAUGAUAAUAAUUUUUUUGUCUGAACAUUUUCAACCUCACAAAAUGUGGUACAAAAUCUUUUAAUACCCAAAGUAAGAAACAAAACUGAAAACCUAAACACAAGAGGUGAGAUUUGUUUUGAUCAUGUUAUACAUAUCACUUUAUAUAGUUGAGUCAUUAAAAGAUCAGGUAGGGUCUACCAUUAAGUGUAUCAAUGUAAAGGCUUUAAAAGAUUUAAACAAGUAAUAUUAAGUUGAUCUUGAUUGUUAAUAUUGUGCACUUUAAAACACUGAUCCAUGCUUCAUGUAUGGUUACAUAAUAUUAAUUAAUUAUGUUUUUUAAUGGGGAAAAGCAUAUAUUAUAGCUGUCUGUAGCAAGUUUGAUUGUUUUUCUUUCUGUUGUAAAAAUACUUAUUUUGUCACACUUUGUCCAUAAAUGGCAUGCACUUAAUACUAGUUCAGUCAAUAGCUGGUUCUGUGCCAUAUUUCAUUUGUAAGAAAGUAUUCUACAUACCGGUACCUUAUUUAUAUAAAUGUUAUGUAUAUUUUGCCAUAGACUUUUUAUUAAUUUUGUAAACUCUUAUUUUAGUGUGAACUUUUUGGUUAUAGUUUUCAGUAACUAAAUAUAUAGUAAGAUAUUUAUUAAUUUUGUUAUACAAAGGAAUACAAGAUGUAUCUUUUAUAUUUUAUAAAUCAUAAUUGAAUUAUUUUCUAUUAAUUUCUUUCUACUUUUAAGUUUAGAUUAAAAAAUCCUAAUUGAUCACUUGUUUUAGUCUAACUAUUACUGCAAACAUAUUUUUUGUUAUUUUUUAGGUUAGGAUCUUGUCAUAUGUUCUGACAUGUUUUCUAAAACCAACAAAUCAACUUGAAAAAGUUGCACGUUUAUAUUUGUAAUAUGAUAAAACUUUGUUUGCCUCUACAACUUUUGAAGCUCUAAAAUUUUUUAGAGUUACUGCAAUAUUGUCAGGCAUUGACAACUUUGACACGUUUAUAUCAAAUUAUUGAAAAAGGAUUAGGAAGUAAAUCAUUUAUGAACCAUGAAAACUACAAGUUAAAUUUGAAGCUAAAUAUUAUUAUAUUAUAAUAUGCAAUUUGUAAUAUUGCAAGAUUAGAAAAUGCUUAUUAUUAGGUAAGGUAGUAUUCCCCCUUUCAAAUAAUGCAUUUCCUUAGCUACUGCCUUCACUUAUUCUUAAUGAUAUUUAUUUGGUUGACUAAAAGUAAACUGUUUGCAACAAGCAACUAGGUGCUAAGGAUUCUUUUUCUAUCACUUACUUUUGAACAGUUGUAAUGGCAACAAUUUUCAGAAUCUUUUCCGCCCUUUAAUUUUUUUAUUGUUCUAAAGCAUAUUUUUUAAUUUCAUUUAAAGUGAAGGCAAAGUAAACGUAAACUUUUGUUUACUAUCUAAUUUCUUUGCUGGCCUCCUUUAUGGAGUGACAAUCAGGUUGUAUUCUAUUCUGUAAAUUAAUACUUUGACUCAGCUUCCAAGCUUGUUUAGAAUUGACUUUGAUUGUAUUCUAUUUGUAUCAAGCUUGAUUCUACCCAUUGACCUUUUUUGGUUGUACUUUUAAUGAAUUAUUAUUUUUUUAUCCCAGAUGAACAAAUAUUUUGUAAAUAAUGGUUUUGGGUUUCAUCAGUUUAAAUGUAAAUAUUUUGUAGCAUUCCAAUAUGUUUAGGCUCCCUAGUCAAUUGGAUUUGUCCACCAGACUUACUACGUCCACAGGGUGUGUACAUAGCUCUGAUACCAGAGAAAACAAAAAAACUUUGUCUACUGAAGUAGUUUUAUUAAGGUGUCCAUGACCAAAUCAGUUUCUCAGCUUUCUUACAAAGGCAAACAUGAAACAUUGUAAAACUUUUUUUUUUUAAACUGUUACAUACUUUUGUAUUGGAUAACAUGAAAGUCUUUCUAGAUAGCAGUUCUCUAUAGCUAUGUCUAGAUGUGAUUGAAAUUAGAACAACAUACAGUUAAAUCAAACUGUCUAUGAUGUUUAUCCACUGCUAUAGUAUAUCACACCUUUUUUUCCCUGGUCUUAGUUCUAUGGAUCUGUGUUGAAUUAGUCUACUUUACUUGCACUGUAGGUCUUCUGAACAACUAAUUACAUUAAAAAAAAAUUAAUGUAGAUUUAAGUCAAAUAAAAUUUAAUUGAACCUAUAA